AUGGCCGAGUCCAAGACGCUUCCCGACUAUGACGACCUCCCCUCGGUGAGGGGCAUGCCUCGGGGCUGUGCGUGGGGCGUGUUCGACAAGGAAGGCAAGAAGGAUUUACUAGGGACAUUAAACUUACUUACUCCCGAAGUAGUAAAAAGCGCCGCUGCAGAAAUCAAGGACGGCGUAUCCAUCUCCCUCAAUUUGCCCAUCAACCUCCUCGACUCGGUUCCUAUCCCCGGCAGGAAAAAGUCGACCCAUCGCGUGGCGACCCUCCAGGAGAUCGGUCUGUCCACCGGCGAGGGUUUUGACGACGAGCUCGACUUCAACACGCAAUGCUGCACCCAGUGGGACUCCCUCGUCCACUGGCAGCAUCAGCCUACUGGAUUCGCUUACAACGGGAUCAAACCCACCAAGGAGGCUCUGUCCGUCACCUCCACCGCCGAGAAUGAGAUGCCCACCUUGGACCACUGGCACGCGCGUGGCGGAUUGGUCGGGCGCGGCGUCUUGAUCGACUACAAGGAAUACGCGGCGGCCAAGGGCAUCAAGUACAACGCAGUCGACGGCUAUAGAAUUACCGUCGAGGAUAUCGAAAACGUCGCCAAGCACCAGGGCGUCGAGUUCAAGACGGGUGACAUCUUCCUCAUCAGGACCGGUUUCGCCGAUGCGCUGCUCGAAGAGCACCCCGGGUUGGUCUUUUCGAAGCUCACUGUCGGACUGGUCGGCGUACACGGCUCCGAGGAGGUGGCCAAGUGGUUCUGGAAUAAGCAUUUUGCUGCCGUCGCUUCAGAUACCCCGGCGUUUGAGGCGUUUCCGCCCUUGAAGGAAGACGGCACACCUGACGGGCAGGAUGGCCUCGUUUUGCAUCCGUACUUCCUGAGUCUGUUUGGCAUGCCCAUUGGAGAGUACUUCAACUUGAAGCAGCUGGGAGAAUACUGUAAAAAGGUUGGCAGGUACACCUUUAUGCUCUCGUCGAGUCCGCUCAACAUGCCUGGUCUCGUUGGGUCGCCUCCCAAUGCACUGGCCAUUUUGUAG